CUAAUCUCCUUGGAUCUUUAAAACCCCAUUUACAGAGGAUGCUGUUACAACAACACACUUAUUUGUUUUAGUUUUAUGUGCUUCACUGUUUGCUCUUUCUGGCACACCAAUUCAUUUUCCAGCAGAGACCAUUGUGAGAUCGUAGGCUGGGAGGAUGACAGCUCAAUUGUAUUGCCUGUUUGGUUCUGUUUUAUUGUGUCUGUUUGGAAGCUUGAACAUAACCGAUGCUAAUCUAGAUUUGAGCCAUAUUGCCAAGCUGGUGAAGCUGACGGACUUGCUGUCCCAUCAAAGAUGUUCUUCUGAUCGUCGUGUUUCCAUGAAACCAGGUCAAUGUCCUGACCCAAAGAACAUUCCACUGUCUGCUAAAAACUGUGUCCAUGAUGGCCAGUGUCCUGGCACACAGAAAUGUUGCCCAACCACCAGUGGCCAUGGAUGCAGUGAACCAAGCGGCCAGGGAAGCUGUCAGAGCGCGGGCCAGGGAAGUGGCCAGGGCGCCGGCCAAGGUCAGGGAAGCGGACAGGGUGCUGGUCAGGGAAGCGGACAGGGUCAGGGAAGCGGACAGGGUGCUGGUCAGGGAAGCGGACAGGGAAGCGGCCAGGGCCAGGGAAGCGGCCAGGGCGCCGGCCAGGGCCAGGGAAGCGGCCAGGGCGCCGGCCAGGGCCAGGGAAGCGGCCAGGGCGCCGGCCAGGGCCAGGGAAGCGGCCAGGGCGCCGGCCAGGGAAUUGGUCAGGGAAGCGGCUAUGGCCAGGGAACUGGUAGUGGACAGGGAGUUGGUCAGGGAAGCGGCUAUGGCCAGGGAACUGGUAGUGGCCAGGGAGUUGGUCAGGGAAGUGGCUACGGUCAGGGAAGCGGCUAUGGCCAGGGGACUGGUUGUGGCCAGGGAGUUGGUCAGGGAAGCGGCUACGGU